ACGACACUUUCUAGCCUUAUUUAAUGCGAAAAACGAACGAAAAAUACUGAGCCAAACGCAACUCACGCGCAGCAGCUAUUUGUAAAACGGAGACUGAAAACAAGAGCGAGCGCACUCACACACACGCACAGGCUGGUGCCGUUGCAAGAGAGAAAGAGAGCAGAGAACGACGACGAGGGCUUAACACUCGCCAGGCCAGGGCUACCGAAGAACGUGAGUGGUUCAUUACAUGUUGGUUUGAACAGUGAUCAAACUACUUAUUGCCAGCCUAAAAAUAUUCACAUACAUUUUGUGCCUGGCAGUGCUGUGUGUGACUCGUCUCUCUUGCGGCGCAGCUGUUCUCGACACUGUGUGUGUGAGAGUUUCAGUGGUGGCGUCGUGCAAGUGCUCUCAAAGAGGGUUGAAUUACUUGGAAUUAUCUGGACCCCGUUGCCAACCGGUAAGAGCGGACGCCGUCCCUGUUUUCGUUCGGUUUGUUUUGUCAUUUUCUGUGUUUUUAGUUGCCGGCCCAUUGUUGCAUCGGAGAAUUUGUGGAAAUCUAGUGGACCUUACCGCUCUUGCUUUGUAAGAUUGUAAGUCAUAGAUAUUCACAUUGGCAUUACGGGAAAUACAAAAGGUAGCGCGCCAACCAGCUGGUGUGCGCAGGUGACAAAAGUGUCGAAUACAAUAUCGUCUCUCUCUCUCGUACUAAAAUGAACACUCGGGCUAGCUGCCGGACCCCGACAACAAGUGAUGUAGUGGGACUCGAUAUCGGUAAAAGCAUCCUAAGCAAAACUCCGACUCCUGAAAUAAAGGAAAAAAAUAUUAAAAUAUGCCGCUUGGUUGCCAAAAAUCCUUGCCUUUUUGAUCGAUCUAAUGAGGGAUACAACAGAAAGUCGUUCAUAAAGAGAGUCUGGAGGGAUAUAUCUCAUAAGAUGCAUGAUUCUAUCAAUAGCUGCAAGGAGCGUUGGCGUAAUAUUCGUACGAGCUACGCCCGAUCCAUAAAAGAUGGAUAUAAUCAAACGCGUACGUACUAUUUAAGCGGUGAGCUUGCGUUCCUCCGACCUCACAUCACACCGGGAGUUCCCAGACGUCCGCAGGGCCGACGCUCACGAGCUAAUAAUACUGUCCGUAACGUCGACAGCAACGAGCAAAUAUUUGGCAUGGAGCAUGCGCAAGAGAAGUUGGAGCCCGACCACGAGCCCAACGAGGAGACACGCGACGAGGAUACGGAAAAUGAUGGAAGCAAUGCCAAGGACUAUAAAUACGAGAACGGAGCGGUAGCCGUGCCAUGGCCAUCUAUCAAUUCCGACGAUGCCUUCCUUCACGGUAUCCGUCCCGAGAUGGAACAGAUGAACUUUCGUCAGAAGCUUUGCUUCAAGCGCCGUGUGUACGCCUUGCUCGGAGAGAUAUUUGAUAGUACAGAAGCCGCACAAAUCUCCCACCACCAGAUGGCUGCCCGUUCCAAUGACAACGAAGCCAUGUCGACUUCAUCAGCAUCACUCGUGCAGACUUCUCGUUCGACAAAGAAAUCAAAGCCUAAAAAAGGAUUAUGCUAAUCCUCAAAAGCUAUAAUUUACUAAAAAUAACACUGAAAAAGUUCAAAUAAAUACAACUAUAAAAUGUA